AUGAAUAACCACGCCAUAGCUGCAAAGACAACUCCAUCGCCGAGUCCCAGGCCUGGCCUUGCGGCUGGAGCAUCGCCAACACAGACAUCAACAUCAGGAGGAGCCACAAGCGGAACAAAAAGGAAGCGUGCUGCAGCUGUGAAAUAUUAUGCUGUCAAGGAAGGAUUCCGUCCAGGGAUAUAUUACAAUUGGAAUGACUGUCUUGCUCAGGUUACGGGUUUCAAGGGAGCUGUUUUUCAGUCAUUUCCUUCCGUAGAAGAGGCGAAUUCGUUUCUCACGGGUCAAAAAGUGCCUUCGCGUAAUGGGACUGCAUCCACCAAUAAUGACAACAGCACACGAUUCUACGCUGUACAAAGGGGUAAAGUUCCUGGUGUAUAUUCGAACUGGGCGGAAGCUCAAGAGCAGAUCAAGGGUUUUACGCGACCUCGAUACAAAAAGUUCGACACACGCAAGGAGGCAGAGGAAUUUGUGAAAAUGGUCGAGGAAAUUGGAGCCAACAAAUCGUCUUUGCAACGACCAGGCGGUUUGUCGACUACGAAUCCUGCAGAUGCUGCAAAUGGAGAUGUUACGGUUCCGGCUGCCUUUGCGCCUCUGCCGCCAGGUGCGGAGGAUGGAUUCGAUCCGAAUGUGCUCCUCAACCCCAAGACGGGUAAGGUAGUGUACAAGGAGCCAGAACAGAAACUCAUGACCAAGACAAAGCCUACAGGGCCUCCUGGGAUGCUCCGAAUAUACACCGAUGGCAGUGCACUCGGCAAUGGUAAAAAGAUUGCACAAGCUGGCGUUGGGGUGUAUUUUGGACCUAAUGAUACAAGCAGAAACGUCUCCGAGCCAUUAGAAGGCUACCGCCAGACAAAUCAACGUGCCGAGUUGACGGCAAUCAUCAGAGCGCUUGAAAUAGCACCCCGACAUCGUCCAGUGACUAUCGUGACAGAUAGUCGGUACUCCAUCGAGUGUGUCACCAACUGGUGUCGGAAAUGGAGUCGCAACAACUGGCAAACAUCAAACGGAAAGCCAGUUGAAAACAAAGACCUCAUUCAAUCUAUCCUGGUGAAGAUCAAUGAACGGGACUCGUUAAAAGUAACUACCACGUUCGAAUGGGUCAAGGGGCAUAACCGUGACCCGGGCAAUGAAGAAGCAGAUAGGUUAGCCGUCAACGGUGCCAGGAGGGGAGCUGGAGAGCAGGUGUCUGCUGUGCCUGAGCUCAGGGCAGCCGACAAUGAUAUUCCUGACGAACUUGCUGAUGACAACUUUGAUGAUUUUUGA